CGUGCUGUUUUUCUCACCUUCCUUCCGCAUUAAACGCGCGAGCGAUCGAUCUUUCGUGCGAACGUGUGAAUCGCGCGAUUACGCGUCUGAACCGAACGUCAAAUUCGUCGAGCUCUUUUUCGCGCGCGCUUUUUUUUUCCCUAACCUAUCCGACCCCCUUGUGUGUCUCUCUCGCUCUCGUGCGGCCCUGUGACACGUCGCGUUUGACGUUUCCCCGGCUGAUCGUCCUCUCGCUGAUCGAGAUCGACAAAAAAAAAAAAUGAUAAACAUGACGGUCCCUUUUUCUCGCGUGCGCUUCGCGCAGGUUAUUUGUCCGCUGUAUCUGUCAAUCGUCACAAAUGGUAUAGAGGAUGAAGAUGUUGAAUCCGAACCAGAGCAUCCUCUCGUAUCGAGGCCGGACUUUGUUCCAGAUACAUCCAGGCUAGUGGACAACAACAUAAGUUGUCUCGUAGGAGAGGCCUCUGGGGUAAUGCAAACUUCUAGACAACAAAAUAAGUCCAUCAUACCUGUGAUAGAAAGAUUAAACCUCAAUGAUGGUUCUAGUCGAAGUGAAACAUGUAACUUAGGAAAUAAUUUUUUACCAAAUAAUCCCCGCAUGUUAAAGAAUUAUUAUUCUAGAAUAUCUUGUGGAAUAUAUUCAGAGGACGGAAAAUAUUUCCUCUCUGCGACUCAUGAUAAACAGUUGUAUGUGUAUAGCACGCAUAAUGGUAGAUUGAAGCCAUAUAGGACAAUUCAGGCAUGCGAUGUAGGUUGGAGUAUUCUGAGCGUAGCAUUUUCUCCAGAUAAUAGUUACAUCGCUUACUCGACUUGGUCGGAGACUCUUUUUCAAUGCCCUCUUUUGAUGAAAAAUGAAAAUGAUUCCAGUAAUGGGAUGCAAACACUACAGUUACACCCGAAAGAGCGACCAUUUUGCGUAUUUUCAAUAGCCUUUUCGAACGAUGGUAGAAAUAUUAUUUGUGGCGCUAAUGACAACCGUAUUCAUAUGUAUGAUCGUCAGCGCAAUCAAAAAUUCAGUGAGAUUGAAAGUCACGACAAGCAUGUGAAUGCUAUACAUUUUGCUGAUGACUCUUCACAAAUUUUUUUCAGUGGCAGCGACGACGGAUUGUGUAAGGUGUGGGAUAUGAGACGAGAUAAAAUGGUUGGAAUGUUUGCUGGGCAUCAAGAUGGAAUUACGUACAUCGAUUCACGCGGCGAUCAACGAUAUUUAAUAUCCAAUUCUAAAGAUCAAACCAUCAAGUUGUGGGAUAUGCGCAGAUAUUCUACAGAAACAGUCAGUCAAUCUAUGUCUUGGGAUUACAGAAUAAACCAUUUAACUGCAGCAGAACGAGGAUGUACAACUUUAUUAAAAAACGACACUAGUGUCAUGACAUAUUACGGUCAUUCCAUUCGUAAGACUUUGAUACGUUGUCAUUUCUCGCCAAAAAUUACAACCGGCCAACGAUAUAUUUACACGGGAGAUUCGAGGGGUCGACUUAUCAUAUACGAUCUUCUAACGGGAAAAAUAGUGCACAAUGUAAGAGGUCACACAGGAUGCGUCCGUGAUGUUAGCUGGCAUCCUUAUGGCCACAAUAUCCUUACCUCAUCGUGGGAUGGUAAACUAUGUGAAUGGAGCUACAUGGGUGAUAGGAGUCCCGAUGUGUAAUAAUAAGAAGACAAGGAAUAAGUGAUUACUAGUCUCAUACCAGAGUGAAAGAAUAGUUGAAUGAAGGAAAGAUUAUACAUUCAUAUAAAAAGAUAAACAGAAAAAUCUUACAAAUACUGCAAUUGAUCUAUAUUUGUAAGAUUUCUCUUUUUCCCGAAGCAAAAAGUUUAUAAGAGAAGAAAAGGAACGAAUUUGUUUUGAAAAGCAGACAGGAAGAGGAAACGGCUAUUGAUGAUGACAAGCUUUGCUGGAUUAGUGCUUUUGAUUUUCCAGAAUACAAGUAAGUGUUGUACAAGACUGAACAAACACGCUUUUUCUCGCCCGCCUUUGUGUUUGCGUAUUUUGAGGCAAAAUUUCUCGCCAUGAUUGUUUUUUGCGUCAUCGACACAGAAUGAAGACUAGAUACAAUCAUUACUUAAUCUGUUGUGAUGAUACCAAAACAAUCUGUUUAUACUAUGUACGCUACGUAUAUAUCUCUUCCUCUUUUCAUAUUAUUUUACAAAGAUUUUAAACUACAAAGAAGCGAUGUUUUUUUAUUUAAAUCGUCGUCUCGUUUUAUGAAAUA